AUGGACCAACCGUCAACAAAGUCUAAAGUUUUGAGUGAGGAAGAGAAGGAGCGCAUAAAAACCAAUAAAGUUAUCAAGAGUGUCCUAAAGAAAAGAGGAAAAUGGAAGAGCAAUGCAUAUUCAAACAAUGAAGUAGAAGAAGAUUAUAAUAUUGUGUCAUCGCCACUGUUGAAUUCCACACCGCCAACAGUCUCAAAAGCAUUGGUUAAGUUGUAUCCUUAUUUAAUAGUUACAGACAAAUUUUUGAGUAUUGUAACUUGGACCAAUGACAAUCUGUGGCUAAAUUUUCUUUCAGUACUUUCAUAUUUUGUGUUUGUGCUAUACUUCCAAUUUCUUGUUAAGUAUUUUGGACAUUUGUUGAUCAUUGGCAUAAUAUGGUGUUAUUCUCUUGUGGAUAGUGCUGUUGAAGACACUAUGAUGUCUUGCCCUUCGCUAGAUGAUAUCGUACACAUAAUGGUCCGUGUCUCCACUAAAGCCGAUAUUGUUCUUUCUCCACUUACAAUACUUAACUCACAAGAUAUUCAACGUCUUCUAUUUACCAGUGCAUUCUUGUCACCUAUUUACAUACUGGUUACAAAGCUAAUAUUCUACCCAAGAACUCUAGUAUUGUUUGCCGGGGUUUAUGUGCUAACUUAUCAUUCAAGUUGGUCAAAAGCUUUUAGACGAUCAUUAUGGAAUUUCAGACUGAUACGGUUGCUGAUGUUCUAUAUUACCGGCUUAGAUAUGGGUGGCAUUAAUAAGCACUAUACUAUCUUUACAUCAGUGAAUGAUCAGAUAAAAAAGCUAACAGGACCUAAGAAAGCUGACGGAUCAUCAAAUGAACCUAUCAGGUUUACAUAUGUGCUGUACGAGAACCAACGCCGCUGGAUAGGUAUUGGAUGGACUUCAAGCAUGCUAAGUUAUGAAAGGUCUGCAUGGACAGAUGAGUUUUUAAACGCGGCACCACCUAUUACAGAAUUCACAUUACCUGAAGGUGAUUCAGGCUUAGAAUGGAAAUGGAUAGAUAAAGAGUGGCGCUUAGACCUGACAAAUGACGGCUCUAUCCAAUUACCUUCCUCAAAAAUGAAGACUACAGCAAAUCCAUCAAGUGAUGAUGGGUUCAUAUAUUCCGAUAAUACGUGGAAAAACCCUUCAACAGAGGACUCCUUUUCCAAGUAUACACGUAGAAGAAGAUGGAUUAGAACAGCAGAGUUAAUUGGUGCUAAGAUAAAUAGCAGAUCAAAUAGUGUAACAACUGUUCAGGAGAUAAAUUCAACAACGUCCACAGGAAUUGAUAAUCAUGAUAUCCAAUCACCGGCAGAUGAUGCUGAAUCAACAACCAUGAAAAGAAAAGUCAGUUUUAGUGAUGUUAGAAAGAUAAGAAUUAUCAAUGAUCAGAAUGAAGAAGUAAAAGAUGUAACAGAAAAAGAGAACAUCAACAUACAGUUAACUAGUCCGACGCUCGAAAAGAAGGUUAGCACUGACCAAGAUCCAAGAGAAAUAUUAAUUGAAAGCAACAAAAAGAUAGAAUAG